GGAACCAACUGUCAACAUUGCCGGUACACUUGUGUAAUUUGCCGUUGAAAGUCUUAAUUGCUAGUAAUAAUAAAUUGGUGUCACUUCCAGAAGAAAUUGGACACCUCAGACAUUUGAUGGAACUUGAUGUGAGCUGCAAUGAAAUUCAAACUAUACCUUCCCAAAUUGGUAACCUGGAGGCCUUGAGAGACCUUAAUGUAAGAAGAAAUCACCUAGUACAUUUGCCUGAAGAGCUGGCAGAGUUGCCUUUGAUACGGUUAGACUUCUCAUGCAAUAAAAUUACCACAAUCCCUGUUUGUUAUCGGAACCUCAGGCACCUACAGAUGAUCACCCUAGAUAACAAUCCACUACAGUCACCUCCUGCACAGAUAUGUAUAAAAGGCAAAGUCCACAUAUUUAAAUACCUGAACAUACAAGCUUGUAAGAUUGCUCCAGAUCUGCCAGAUUAUGAUAGGAGACCAUUGGGUUUUGGCUCCUGCCAUGAAGAACUGUACUCAAGUCGCCCGUAUGGAGCCCUUGAUUCAGGCUUCAAUAGCGUGGACAGUGGUGAUAAGAGAUGGUCAGGGAAUGAACCUACAGAUGAAUUUUCCGAUCUGCCUCUUCGAGUAGCAGAGAUGACUAAAGAACAAAGACUACGAAGGGAAAGCCAGUACCAAGAGAAUCGCGGCAGUUUAGUGGUAACAAAUGGUGGAGUGGAACAUGAUCUGGAUCAGAUUGACUUCAUAGACAGCUGUACCGCAGAGGAAGAAGAGGCCGAGGUGAGACAGCCCAAGGGACCGGACUCAGACAGCCUUAGUUCACAGUUUAUGGCAUAUAUUGAACAACGGCGAAUCUCUCAUGAGGGUUCACCAGUAAAGCCAGUAGCCAUUAGGGAGUUUCAAAAAACAGAAGAUAUGAGAAGAUAUUUACAUCAAAACAGGGUUCCAGUUGAGCCAUCUUCUCUCUUGUCACUAUCAGCAAGUCACAAUCAGCUGUCACAUACAGACCUGGAACUUCAUCGGAGAAGGGAGCAGUUAGUAGAGCGCACUCGGAGAGAGGCCCAGCUCGCUGCCCUGCAGUAUGAAGAGGAGAAAAUAAGGACCAAGCAGAUCCAGAGAGAUGCUGUCCUGGACUUUGUCAAACAAAAAGCAUCACAAAGUCCACAAAAACAGCAACCCCUCCUAGAUGGUGAGUGCCCCUUCCCAUCCAGAAGGUCUCAGCACACUGAUGAUAGUGCCUUGUUAGUGUCGCUGUCAGGUUUGAAUCAAGUGGGUUGUGCUGCUCCCCUGCCUCAUUCUUCUGCCUUCACGCCUCUUAAGAGUAGUGAUGACAGACCGAAUACUCUAAGUUCACCUACAACAGAAACAGUUCAUCAUUCCUCCGCAUAUGCUUUUCCUGCUGCUAUCCAGAGAAAUCAGCCUCAGCGCCCUGAAAGCUUCCUUUUCCGAGCAGGUGGCAGGGCAGAAGCCAGCAAAGGUCAUGCUUCACCCCUUCUUCCAUCUGCUGCACCUACCACUGAUUCUGCAGAUUCCAUAACAAGACAGAAUUCAAGACAGAGAGAAGAAGAGCUGGAAUUAAUAGAUCAACUGCGUAAACAUAUUGAGUACCGGUUGAAAGUGUCUCUGCCUUGUGAUCUUGGAGCAGCUCUAACUGAUGGUGUUGUUCUUUGCCAUUUGGCUAAUCAUGUGCGACCUCGAUCUGUCCCAAGCAUUCACGUUCCCUCACCAGCCGUACCUAAAUUAACAAUGGCGAAAUGCAGGCGAAAUGUGGAGAAUUUCCUAGAAGCUUGCAGAAAAAUUGGUGUACCUCAGGAGCAAUUAUGUUUGCCUCUCCACAUUUUAGAAGAGAAAGGUUUGAGCCAGGUUGCAGUGACGGUCCAGGCUCUCCUGGAACUUGCCCCACCCAAGCAACAGCAGCACCAGUUAUCUGCUGUUUAAGGAUUCCCAAGACCUUGGGCCAUUGGCCUGGCCAAAACAAGGAACAGGACAACGUGAUUGCUGCUGCCAGCUGUCUGCUUAAACAAAGCUCUUAUGUGUUCUCAGAAGGGACUGUUUCCAUGAUUCCUAACAGGAAUAUUUUGCAUCAUUUCUCCAUUUUAGGGGAGGUUAUAUCCAUUUCCAUUGAAUUAGUUUACAAAGACACCAUUGGUUUUCCCAGAUGAAACUUCUUUCGUUACUGAAAACCCGACACCUGACCUGGCUGUGUUUUCCUGGAGAGCAGGCUCAUUUCACACACCAGAAAGCACAUCUUCUGUGUUAGGCACAAGCAUGCUGUGCCGUUGUUUUUACCUGCUCUCAAGACAGCUGGUCUGCUGGUUUCUAAACUUGGUUGUUCGUUAGAAUCUCCUGGAGUGUUUGUUAAAAUACAGAUUCACAUUCAGGAGGUCUGGGGUAAGGCCUAGGAAUCUGCAUUUUCAACAACCAUUGCACAUGUUUUUGUUUGAGAAGGAGUUCCGUUCGGUCACCAGGCUGGAGUGCAGUGGCACGAUCUCGGCUCACUGCAACCUCCGCCUCCCGGGCUCAAGCGAUUCUCUUGCCUCAGCCUCCCGAGUAGCUGGGACAACAGGCGCCCACCACCACCCUGACCAACAUGGAGAAACCCUGUCUCUACUAGAAAUACAAAAUUAGCAAGGUGUGGUGGCUCGUGCCUGUAAUCCCAGCUACUCGGGAGGCUGAGGCAGGAGAAUCACUUGAACCCAGGAGGCAGAGGUUGUAGUGAGCCGAGAUCGUGCCAUUGCACCCCAGCCUGGGCAACAAAAGCAAAACUCCGUCUCAAAAAAAAAAAAAAAAAAAAACGCGCCCCAUCUGGCUCCACCACUAGUGCCUUUAUAUACUCAAUUAUGGGUGGAGGAAAAGGGCCCAAGGGCUCUCAACACCACACAGGAGCUUUUCUUCCAGUUUCAGCUAGUUGGGUUUUCCUUCCCCUGCAUUUUGAACCCCUCUUAGUUGUUGGUGAUAUAUUCUGGUGUUCACUGCCUUUGUAAAACAAGUAAAUAAAGUAAGUGGAAGAUA